AUGGCCGUCGCGAAUGUUACGUCGGCCGGCGGGUUAGUGGCAAUGCUCAGCGAACCUCAUCCUUCCUUGAAGCUUCACGCCCUCUCAUAUCUCAACAGAUUGGUUGACCAAUUUUGGCCCGAGAUCUCCACGAGUGUUCCACUCAUAGAGAGCUUAUACGAAGAUGAAGAGUUCGAUCAGGAUCAGAGACAGCUUGCUGCGUUGCUGGUUUCCAAGGUUUUCUAUUACUUGGGCGAGCUUAACGAUUCAUUAUCAUAUGCCCUUGGAGCUGGAUCCUUAUUUGAUGUGUCAGAGGAUUCUGAUUAUGUUAAUACUCUUCUAGCCAAAGCAAUAGAUGAGUAUGCUAUUCUCAGAUCGAAGGCAGUUGAGUCAAAUGAGGUGGUGGACAUUGACCCCAGAUUGGAGGCCAUUGUUGAACGAAUGCUAGACAAAUGUAUCGCUGACGGAAAGUAUCAACAAGCCAUGGGCAUUGCUAUAGAAUGCCGGAGAUUGGAUAAGUUGGAGGAAGCUAUCACAAAGAGCGACAAUGUGCAGGGAAAUUUAUCUUACUGCAUCAAUGUAUCCCACUCUUUUGUUAACCGCAGAGAAUAUAGACAUGAGAUUCUUCGGUUGCUUGUUAAUGUCUUCCAGAAGCUGGCUUCUCCUGAUUAUUUGAGCAUCUGUCAGUGCCUUAUGUUCUUGGAUGAACCGCAAGGUGUUGCAAGCAUAUUGGAGAAGCUUCUUCGUUCCGAGAGCAAGGAUGAUGCUCUAUUGGCAUUGCAAAUUGCUUUCGAUCUUGUAGAGAACGAACACCAGGCAUUUCUGAUGAGUGUUGGUGAACACCUUCCAGCGCCCAAGACCCGUCCUGUAGAAGCCUCUACUACUCAAAAUGAGAACAAUGCAGGGGAUGUCCCGAUGACAGACGAAACUCCAUCUCAGACAACUGAGUAUGAAACAGAUCCUGCUGACGCUGUGUAUGCUGAGAGGUUAACAAAACUUAAGGGAAUUUUGUCUGGAGAGACAUCAAUACAGCUGACCCUCCAGUUUCUGUACAGCCAUAACAAAUCGGAUCUGUUGAUUCUGAAGACAAUCAAACAGUCUGUCGAGAUGCGGAACAGUGUUUGUCACAGUGCAACAAUAUAUGCUAAUGCUAUAAUGCAUGCUGGAACGACAGUUGACACAUUUCUCAGGGAGAAUUUGGAUUGGCUAAGCAGGGCGACCAAUUGGGCUAAGUUUAGUGCUACAGCGGGAUUAGGUGUUAUUCACAGGGGUCACUUACAACAGGGCAGGUCACUGAUGGCCCCAUACUUGCCUCAGGGAGGAGCUGGUGGUGGCGGGAGUCCGUAUUCUGAAGGGGGUGCUUUGUAUGCUCUUGGCCUAAUUCAUGCCAAUCACGGUGAGGGAAUCAAGCAAUUUCUUCGUGAUAGCCUACGCAGCACUAGUGUUGAGGUUAUUCAACAUGGAGCUUGUUUAGGCCUUGGUUUGGCAGCUCUUGGGACAGCUGAUGAAGAUAUAUAUGAUGAUAUCAAAAGCGUGCUUUACACUGACAGUGCUGUUGCUGGUGAAGCUGCUGGCAUCAGCAUGGGUCUAUUAUUGGUCGGAACUGCAACUGAUAAGGCAAGUGAGAUGCUCGCUUAUGCUCACGAGACCCAGCAUGAGAAGAUAAUAAGGGGAUUGGCUCUAGGGAUUGCUCUCACAGUAUAUGGUAGAGAAGAGGGAGCAGAUACAUUGAUUGAGCAGAUGACUAGAGGUCAAGAUCCUAUCAUCCGUUAUGGUGGAAUGUAUGCACUCGCAUUGGCUUACAGUGGAACCGCAAACAACAAAGCCAUCCGCCAACUUCUGCACUUUGCUGUGUCUGAUGUCAGUGACGAUGUCAGGAGGACUGCUGUUCUUGCACUUGGAUUUGUCUUAUACUCUGAUCCAGAGCAGACUCCCCGUAUUGUAUCACUGCUUUCUGAGUCGUACAAUCCCCAUGUCCGCUAUGGCGCGGCUCUUGCAGUAGGCAUCUCUUGUGCAGGCACUGGCCUAAGUGAGGCGAUAUCUUUGUUGGAGCCACUAACAUCAGAUGUGGUUGACUUUGUUCGUCAAGGUGCUCUGAUUGCCAUGGCCAUGGUGAUGGUCCAAAUUAGUGAAGCAAGCGAUUCUCGCGUUGGAGCAUUUAGGCGUCAACUUGAGAAGAUAAUACUUGACAAGCAUGAAGAUACAAUGAGCAAGAUGGGAGCAAUUUUAGCUUCAGGGAUUCUUGAUGCUGGUGGAAGGAAUGUUACGAUACGACUGCUCUCCAAGACAAAACAUGACAAAGUCACUGCGGUCAUUGGCCUUGCUGUCUUCAGCCAGUUUUGGUAUUGGUACCCGUUGAUUUACUUCAUAAGCUUGGCUUUCUCACCAACCGCUUUCAUCGGUUUGAACUACGACCUCAAAGUCCCGAAGUUUGAAUUCAUGUCGCACGCAAAGCCAUCUUUGUUCGAGUAUCCAAAACCAACCACGGUUGCUACUGCCAACACCGCUGCCAAAUUACCAACCGCCGUGCUCUCAACCUCGGCCAAAGCCAAAGCUAGGGCUAAGAAAGAAGCAGAGCAGAAAGCCAACGCCGAAAAGUCUGGUAACGAAAGUGGAGCUGGAAAAGAAAAAGCAACGUCAAGUGAGAAGGAAACAGACUCUAUGCAGGUCGAUAGCACAUCUACGACGGUGGAGAAGAAGGCUAAGCCAGAAGCAACGUUUGAGAUGCUAGUGAACCCGGCUCGUGUAGUCCCUUCUCAGGAGAAAUACAUAAAAUUGAUGGAGGAAAGCAGAUAUGUACUGGUGAAGCCAUCUCCAUCAGGGUUCGUCCUUCUCAGAGACUUGCGUCCGCAUGAGCCUGAGGUUCUGUCUCUGACCGAUGCACCAACUUCAACAGCUUCUCCUGCUAGUGGUGCAGCAGCUACAGGGCAAGGCCAACAAGCAAAUGCGGCCUCGGCUAUGGCCGUAGAUGAUGAGCCACAGCCUCCACAGGCCUUUGAAUACGCUUGA